UACUAAAUAUUUCUGUAUUUAUCGAUAUCUUAAAUUCGAGUUCGAAUUCGCGUCAUCUUGAAAGGAGAGCGGCACAACUGCCGACAUAUUGAAAACAAAGAAAAAGUGUUCAAUAAAACAUAUUAUUAAAAUGGAUCGUACAAUAAUUGCGCCGUGGAAAGCUGAAGAAAAGGAUCUUAGUGAAAAGUUACACCAAAAGCUGAGAGGCUUAGCCUUAAUGCAUUCCAUGAAUGAUGAAAUGAAGAAGUUGUUGUCGUGGGACAUGUUCCUAAAACCCAAUCAGCCCGCCUUUUUUCAAGUAAUGCACUAUCUGUUUCGUAUACUGGAUCCAGCCGAGUUCAAGCGUAGGUUCUUUUGGCCCAUCACCGACAAGAAAGCGGAAGGAAUCUUUCGAGCAACUACCGUUGAUUAUCUGAAGCAUUUGAAUGCGAAACAUAAUCUCAAUUGGACUAACAUUAAGUCGUAUUUGGUUGUCAUGCCGGGUGGAAUGAAGUUCAUCAACUUUAUGUUAGAUCUUGUUGGCUUCGUAAUAAAUGAACAGAUCAAGCAACGGGAGAAAGCUUUGGCCGCUGACUUCGACAUUUCACAAUUUCGUGACUGGAGUGCCGAAAGAAUGGAAAUAGCAAACAAAAUCCGAAAAGACUAUGUUUCGGCAUAUAUUGAAGAGCUGGACGAGAAUACUGCCAAAUUACGCGAGUGUACCCAGAAAAUUAAGGAAAAAUUUAGCGAAAUAUCAUUAGCAACGGGCGUCGACGAAGCGUUGUUGCUUGAUGACAAAUUUCUGAUAGCGUUCGAGGCAUCAAAUCGCCAGAAAUGCGAGGAGCUAAUAACUUUGCAAGCGGCAAGAAUUGCGCAGCUGGAGACUCCACUGAAUGUGCUGAAGGAUAACAUCGAUGAGUUUCAAGCCAAACAGUCGAUCCAAAAGUUAAACAAAGAAGCUGCAAAUAAUGCAUUGCGCGGCAUCCAAAAGUUAUGCGGCAAUAUCAGCCCCAGUGUAACAGCCAAUGUGAACUCCAUGAUGAGCGCUUUCAAUAGCAUUAGCGAGACAAUUGCCGAGCAAUUGGAUGCCAAUGAUCACUGCAACGAAUCCAAUGAAUUUGUUGCCACAGGUCUUGAGACGUUGCGAACCGAACUGCAACAGAUUGAGCAGCAAGUGAGCGAUGUCCAAAAGAGCUUCAAUGCACGCGAUAAGGAACAAAGCAGCAUUAUUAAUGGUAAUGCGUCGGAGGCAUCCAGUUCGCUAGGUAUUGUGCCGACCACACCCUUGCGUCAUUUGGACCCACAUAUUCAUUCCGGCACAUCUGGCCAUCCGUUGCUAAUGAAAUUUGUUUCGACGCCGCCUAUUAAAACGGAUAUGGUCAGUGGCGUGCGCAGUGCGCAUGUGCGCUUGCCGCUGCAGGAUGACUUUAAUGCGAAUCAGUUGGAGACGACGUGCAACAAUCUGUUGGUAGCCGCAGUGCCACGCUCAGCGCGUAAGGUGAAAACAGAGCAUGCUUCUGAACUAAACAACACCACCAAUCGCUCAAAGAUUAUGGAUCCAAUGCAGUUAUUGCGCACCAUAAAUAAAAACUCCAAUAUUGCUAACACGACAGCUAACCUCUCAUCUCUGGGUAGCAAGUGGAAAGCGAUGCAGGCCACUUUUAAUUUUGAUGAGGCUCCAUCCACAAUGCCUACCUCCCCCAAGCCAACUGUUGCUACUGAUCAAUCAGCGUUUACGCCACUCAACUGUAACGAACGCACUCGCAUUGAGCGAGUGCCACAGGCAGCCACUGCUGAUACCAGCAACAAUAAUAGCAACUCGUUAUAUGCUAUAAAGAGCGUUGCCUUGAUGAAAGUAUUGGACGCUUCGCUGAACGUGCAAAAUCUUACCACUUCGCCAUCAGGUCGACUGGAUGCAUUGGUGCCAGGUCCAAUGGCCGAACAGCAAUCCAUACCGCGCUUGCAGCUCAACGAUCAGACAAUAAACGACUCGCAGCAAACGCAGGCUACUAAGGAGGAUAUCGACGAGAAUCAAUUGAAUACGCUGCCGCCCAAAUUUAAUCUUGAUUUUAGUGGCGAAAACGACGACUUGCUGAACAUGAGCGAUAACGUAUUAAAGGAUAUAUCAUUUUAGAUGUCGUAUAUAAAU